UAUGAAAGUAAAGAAUUUUUGCUUAAACUAUGUAUUAAAAAUCAAGAUAAUACUACAUUACCUGCCAAACGAUUAAACAUUUUAGCAGAUUCUUGUAGCGAAUUCCAUUAUCAAAUUCUUUCACAUAUUCAAUAUCAAUUAAAUGAUACUACUAUUACUCAAAAUGAUUAUAUAUUAUCAUAUAAAGUGACAAAAGAAACUGGGUCAGGAACUCAAAUUAUCAAUGAGAGUGACUUUAAAAGUUUUCUUGAAGAUUAUAAUCAGGCUACAAAUAGAAAAAAAGAAGUUUUUAUUAAUAUUCAAAUGUGGCAAUCUUUAAAAAGCAAUGCAAAAAAACAAUUACACAGAUCGAGAUCUGAAGAACCUAAUAGUGAUGAUAACUUAAAUAAAAAAAAACCACAAACAAGUUCUAAACCUGUUCCUCAACUAGAUGAAUUUUUGAUAAAGAUAGAUGAGGCUAAUAAUGCAAAUGGAGAAAUUUUAGCAUGUUUAUCAAAAUUUCAAAAUCAAGCUAUUCAAGUUAAACAGAUAUCUAAAUUAACUGAUGAACAACUUGAAUUAGUAGGAAUUACAAAAGCAGGUUGA